AUGAGCAUUCCACAUAUGUUUAAAUGGAAUUGGAAGAAGUCUUCUGAUAUUACCGCUAUCAAGAAGAAGAAACCAACAAAACGUGUGAACAUUGUUAACAACCAGAGAGAUAAUAUAAUUCUAGAUAUGGAUGACACUUUAAAUACAAUGCCAAACGAAGGAACUAUUCAACAUUGGCCACUUACUUCUAAUCAAGCCUCCAAUUUUUCAUUACCAACCAUUAAUUUUGUACCAUUGGAAGAACCAACACAAAAUGAAACCUUCUCAUAUUUGGCUCUUCUUACACAACCCUCUCCUCCAAAAAUUAAUUAUCAAUGUGGAAGAGUAAUGGUUUCCAAUAACAAUAUGUGGAAUACUGAUAAUGAUACAACAUACUGUCUUUCUGAUAAUGAAUCUAAAGCCUUAAUGGAAAGAAUUCAAUUUUUUAUCACACCAAAUGGUGGUGAAGACACAUUCAACAUUAAAUUGUCACCAGCCUCUCCUAAAUAUAAUCACACAAGAAUGAAUCCUGAUUCAGCAAGAAAUGUAACUUGGAGACAGAAUUUAUGUUUUACACUUCCAUUUGGUCCAAUUUCAGAUUUAUUCUUCUCUCAGUUAACUCAAUCCAAACCAUCAUCUGUUAAACUUACAUCUAAGUAUUACUAUAUGGAAGGCAAAUCCUCUAAAGGUUUGAAACUUGACACAAAAGUGUACGUAUGGGAUGAAGAUAAUAUGCCAAAUACCACCAAAUCAUAUUACACUAUUUCUAAUGGGGUUGCAUUUUUGAUGGAUGCUGUUAGAGUGUUUGUUAAAGAGAACUUGAUAGAAAAUGCGAGCAUAUUUCUAAAGUAUUCUUGGGAUUCAAGAAUUGCUGUUCAAUCAACGCCUACUGUAUUGACGGUUUCAUUAGCAGGUAAUAAUAUUUCAAUUGAAAAUUGUAUUACAUUAUCUGCUUUCAAAACAAAUGAGAAAGUUGCACUUCAACAUACAGGAGCAUGGAAAUGCAUGCAAGAAAUGUUACGAAUGUCAUCUAUGCAUUUUGAAAAUAAGUUAUAUUCUGUUACUCACAUUGUUUCACCUGAUUUGUGUGCAUUAAGGGCGUCUGUGAAUUUACAUGAAGUACAGCAACCAGUUAGAAAGGUGUGGAUGUAUCAACAAGCUGCAUUGGUUUUGGAAAUGAGCUUUAAUGGCCAAGAUUACUCCGAAUUGCUU